AUGCUUUACAGCAAACAUUUUGAAAGCACAUGUUUUAAUGAGAAGAAAUUGUUCAGAACAGCUGUACCUGGUGUUCAAUGCUAUAAGGAUACAACAAUUUCUAAUCUGCCAGAUCAACCUGCCAUAUUUGAACCUAUUGCUAGUUCAUCCAGAGUAUAUCCUUUAAGAGAUCAUAAUCCAAACAUUAUUGCUCCAACCAAUGAUUCAGAAAUGUUUGUGUAUGAGUCUUCAAAACAAGAAGGUGAUCAGAAAAACAAAAUACUAUCUGCUUUGAUUAAGGAGGUCUUAAAUUCUUGCUUUGAUGCUGGACUUAAUAUAUGCGCUUCAGUUUGUGACUUGGAUGGUGUCAACAAUAAAGCUCUAGAUCUGUUAGGAGCUUCUGUAGAGAAUCCCUGCAUAGAAACAACAAACAAGGAAUUGGAAUCACUAAAUGGAGCCACAUCAGGCAAUUCUAGAAUGACUUAA